AUGAGCGCACACGAUAAUGAAGACCUUAUUGACUACGAGGAAGAUCAUGAUGUUCCAAAUGUUGGAACAACAGGAGCUUCCAACGGUGGAGUGGCGACGGGCACCAGUGAGGCUGAAGGAAAGGACAAGAAAAACUUUUCUGGCAUUCAUUCGACUGGUUUCCGAGAUUUCCUUCUCAAACCUGAGUUGUUGCGCGCCAUUAGCGACCUUGGCUUUGAGCAUCCUUCUGAAGUGCAGCAAGAGUGUAUUCCCCAAGCCGUUUUGGGCAUGGACGUGCUUUGCCAAGCAAAGUCUGGUCACGGCAAGACAGCUGUCUUUGUCCUGGCCACUUUGCAGCAACUAGAACCCGUAAAUGGUGAAGUUUCCGUCAUGGUACUCUGCCAUACCCGGGAGCUUGCAUUCCAAAUAAAAAACGAAUACACGCGCUUCGCCAAGUACAUGCCCGAUGUGCGCGUCAGCACAUUCUAUGGCGGUACCCCUGUACAAAAGGAUGCCGACAUUCUGCGCGACAAGUCGAAAUGCCCUCAUAUCGUCGUCGCUACUCCUGGUCGCCUGAACGCCCUAACUAGGGAGAAGUACCUCGACGCAAAAAACGUGAAACAUUUUGUUUUGGAUGAGUGCGAUAAAAUGCUCGAACAGCUUGACAUGCGCCGCGAUGUUCAAGAAAUUUUUCGAACGACGCCCCAUCACAAGCAGGUCAUGAUGUUCAGCGCAACGUUGGCGAAGGAUAUAAGGGCGACAUGCAAGAAAUUUAUGGCAAAUCCAUUGGAGAUAUUUGUAGACGAUGAAACCAAGUUGACCCUUCACGGUCUCCAACAACAUUAUGUCAAACUUGAAGAAGUUGGAAAAAACAGGAAACUUAACGAACUCCUUGAUUCCCUCGAAUUCAAUCAGGUCGUUAUAUUCGUUAAAUCUGUCGCCCGUGCCAUUGAACUCGACAAAUUGCUGGUCUCUUGCAACUUUCCUAGUAUUAGUAUUCACUCUGGGCUUCAACAAGAAGAGCGUAUUAACCGAUAUACUGCUUUUAAGGCCUUUGAAAAGCGCAUUUUGGUUGCUACUGAUAUUUUUGGACGUGGUAUUGAUGUUGAGCGUGUCAACAUUGUCAUCAAUUAUGAUUGUCCUCCUGAUGCUGACAGUUACCUCCACCGUGUUGGGCGUGCUGGACGUUUUGGCACGAAAGGGCUUGCAAUCACCUUUGUUUCUUCUGAAAGUGACCAGCAAGUUAUGUCAGCGAUUCAGUCGCGCUUCGAGGUCGCUGUCCCUGAGCUACCUGAUCACAUUGAUCCCGCAAGCUACAAUCGGCGACUAAUGAGGAAGAAACUCGUGCAACCUUCUUUCCCCACAUUGUAUUUCAGAGAUGGCGUUCUUUCCAUACCUGGGUAUACAUUUGAAAAGGCGGUGUCAUGGCAAGACACUGGAAGUAUGACUAUUUUGGCAGAGGGUAAUAGCUUAAAGGAUGGUUCAAAUGUCCUGGCUAAGAUAGCUCCCGCUCAAUCCAACGGCUCAAUGUGUUUGGAAAGAGAAGCUCACAUAUUAGGACGGAUGGCUUCGUCCUCGGAAGGUCACAGUACCUCCCUCCGUAUGAUUGAUUUUCUCAAGAUACCUCGGGACAAUGGAGAUUGUGUUGUUCUUCUUCUUGUGCAUCCUGGGCUUAACCUCCUUGGGCGAUAUUUACCGCCUUCCAAAGUCAACGACUUGUUACUUUCUGACGUAUCGCGCCCAAAGUCCACGCCUAGCCACGGUGAUGUCUAUAUGCUAGGUCUCGAGGAGCCUGAUCUAGCUGAAGAAAUGGAGGCUUUUGAUAUCAUGGAUCUUGCUUCAUUCUUGGAAGCAGGUUUAGUUCAUCGUGAAGUGCGAGCCAACGCGUUCCAUUUGAACUCCCACUCUGGAUCUGUCCGUCUAGUUCAUUUUGGAAAUCGCGCUAUCUCAUUGGAAAACUUUGGGUCACCAUCUUCUCUUGUCCUGAGGGCUUAUGAAGAAUCCGAAAAACUGAAGAUCAAAGAAGCUCUUUGUUAUCUUGCGCCUGAACAAACAGGUAGCAUUGAAACGAUGGCUCAAGACCACAGAACUGAUCUUUACUCUCUUGGGAUUCUUUUUUGGACAUUGCUUGUUGGUCGAGGGCAAAUGCCAUUCGAAGGAGGUGCUCUUGAGCUUCUGCACUCCAUUGUGCAGAAAAGACCUAUGCCAGUGCACGAAGUUAGGCGCGAUGUUCCUCAAGUGCUCGCCAAUGUUAUAGAUAAGCUUCUGGCAAAAAAUCCCGACUUACGAUACCAGAGUGCUUACGGUCUGAAGACUGAUUUGAUUCAAUGCCAGGAACGUCUUCUGGCUACAGUUUCCUCAUCCUCAGACGAAUCUACAGAACUUAUUCCUACUUUUGAAAUUGCCAAGGAAGAUCGUUUUAUAGAAUUUACAAUGCCGCUUGCGCUGUUUGGCAGAGAAAAGGAACUGGAAUUGAUAAAAAACGUUAUCCGAAGCGUAUCAACCAGUUUUUCAAAACAUUUCUCUGCCAGUAAAGGAUACUUUGCUCUAACAACAAGCACAAAUCAGUCGUUAAAUCAUGAUGAUAAUCAAGAAUCAAUAUCUUCACGCAGCGAUUCUCCAUAUAACUCCGUGUCGACUUCCAGUCCUAGAGCAUUGGCAUUUACUGAAUCAUCUCUGUAUGACCAUUCGACGUCGUUGUCUUUGAGCCCAUCAAUACACUCUGGGGAAGCAUUGCGCAAGGUUAUGUUACGGAGCCGAAACCGUGUCUCACGGACUCAGACUGUCGUCGUCGUUGGUCCCGCCGGGAUUGGCAAGAGUUCCAUAAUCCUUGCAAACCAAGCAAAGUGGAGAUCUCAUGGCCUUUGGGGCCAGGCCAAAUUCCAGAGCGCGGAUUCUGCACCUUUUGCGGCCCUGUUAGGAUGUCUUUCAUCUGUAUUACGCCAAUUGAUGGUGUUUCAUACUGACCUUCAUCGGUUUGUCAAUGCAUUGCGUGAAAGACUCGGCCCACAACUUCAAAAUGUUCCACUCCUUUACCAAGGCACACCUGAGCUCAAAGAUGUUUUAGGUUUAUUUGAUAUACACCUAGAGAACCCUCAAGAACCUUUAAAUACCCGGGAACUCCGGGCAAGGUUCCAAUCUUUAGUUGAAAACGUUUUUACCGUCAUUGCAGAGACGCGUUUGUUUGCAUUGUUUCUUGAUGAUCUGCACGAAGCAGAUCAAUCGACGCUAGACCUUGUAUCUACUUUGGUUAAUUCAAGAUCUAGAAUGCUGGUAUUUGCGACACUACGGUCAGACAAAGCUGAAAUAGUCCAGCAUGUCAGAGACAUGCUCAGCAGUCGUUCGAGAACUACUUGGAUUGAAGUUGAACCCUUGACAUUACCUGCCAUUUCUCUACUGGUUUCGAAAACACUUCACCGCUCUAUCGAAGAAUGUCAACCUUUGUCACAGUUCGUGCUGGGAGCCUCAUCAGGAAAUGCAUUUUCAGCACGCAGCAUCUUGACUACGCUUCAGCGCCAGCAUUUGAUCACCUUCAAUUGGGAGCGCAAUCAUUGGCUUUAUGACAUGCCGGCUAUAGAAAGAAGUCUUGACAGUCAAAAGACUGCUGAUCCCACUGAACUCACGUUUUUAAUAAAACAUCUCCGUGAGCUUCCUGAAGAAGCCAGGAAAUACCUUCUAUGGGCCGCUUUUUUUGGGGAAACUUUCAAAGUUACAGAAGUGGCGUUGAUGAUGGAUUGGGAGGACUCUAACGGGCAUAGUGGACCUGAUGACGACGUCGACGUCGACAUCAUGUGGAGCCUUCACCGAGCCGUUACAAAUCUCCGUGAAGCUGGAACAGGAAACAGUCACAGAUCAAUGCGUGGUCUUCAACUGGCCCUGACAGAAGGCUGGUUGAUAACCAGAGCUAGAGAUAUGUGUAGCUUUGCACAUGAUCGAUAUCGUCAAGCAGCACAAGCUGAAGUAGAGUCCCUCACGCAAGAGUCUAUCGCGAAAAUGUCAUUCAGAAUUGUAUUGAUGAUGCUACAUGAAACGCCUGUGGAUGUAUAUCGAAUCGCGGAGCAUGCAAAACGGUGCCUGAACCUUUUGCAUGACCAUCCUAAACGUGAUGAACUACUCAAUGUCAUGAUCGAUGCAGGAGAGUCUGCCUGGGCACGCGGCGCUCAUGAAUUAGCAAUUCAAUCAUUUAUCAGUGCGAGGAGUUUGCUCGAGAACAACGCCUGGGUAGAGAAACCGAAUCGAACGUUCAAAUUGUUAUCUCGGCUUGGGGCUUUGUAUACAUGGAAAGGCGAGUUUGAUGCUCCCAUUUUCGUAAUAAAUAACCCUGAAGAUACCACAGGCGAUUUGGCUGCAUCGGAUUCAAUAUUGAGCGACUGCUUCCACCAUAGCAAACAACCAGAAGACAAGGCUAAUAUACUUCGCUUACGUGCACGAAAUAAAUGGCUUAAAGGAAGUUAUGCGGAUGCGCUAAACGAUACUUUGCUGGCUCUGAAAGUCCUUGGCAUUGAAGUCAACCUAUCACCUACCCGUAGGCAGGCUGAUGUCAUGUUUGAAGAAGUCAAAAAUGAAAUUCUGGCGGUCGGGUUUGACGAAAUAUUGAUGAUCCCAAGAACUACAGAUCCUCGGACAGAGCUUGCUGUUGGUUUAUUGAACGAUGCUGGUGAGUUUCUCCACUCCAUCGACUAA